GUGGGGUGCGAGGCAGCGUGCGGGAGCGCCGUCAGGCGUCGGGGACUCGGAAGGCUGUUAGUCGAUUUAAGUAGCUUUUAGCUGAUGGUUUAGGCCACCGUUUCCAGCAUUGACCUACGCUGUGUAAAAAUGGGAACACGCGUGUCUUCCACGAAACUCUUGCAAAGCGUAAUUCGUUGUUGGGAUCAUCUGAAGUCCAGCAAAGCACGUGUUAUUUGCCUCUUGCCUUCCUCUCGCGUAUUUCUCCUAGUCCUUUUCUUUCAGGAUCAUGUACCAUGGGUGAACGGAUAUCCGAAUCCGAGUUUGCAGCCUUGGCUUUUUAUGCCGGUGAUAAAUCUUGCUGUGAAUUGGGUCAUGGAGUGUUUGUACAGCGAUCACCGCAGAAGCCUAGAACAGAUGUUGAUCCCUGUGAAGUGUGGUGCAGUCAGCCGGUUGACGUUUUAAGAGAAUACUGCAACGUUAUUAAAAUACGCAUCUUUUGGCCUCUUCUCUUCAAAAGUGAAAGUAAUUCUUUGGUAGCUGAUUGGAGCAGUUCACAGAUUUUAGACCAGAACUGGAAGAGACUCUGUGAUUUAGAGGUUUUGGAAGACCUUGUUGAUUUAAUUAAAAAAGUUGUUAACGUUCCACCUUUUAUUGGUGGCAUACUGAGAAUUGGCAGCAGAAUAGAAAAUGGUGUUUUUGAUGUUGAGGACGCACUUGAUUGGGUCAGAUACACAGGUGAUGUCAGUAUUCUGCAGAGGCUGGAGAAACUUGGUGAUUUUGGUUGGAUCUAUCUUGAAAUUUUCUUUGCUGAAUGCAAACGUUAUAUUACUAAAGUUGCUUUGGAAGAUUGUAAUUUAGUUGAAGAAUUUAAAGCUGUGACCUGUGAAAACUGUAGGAAGAACAGUGAAUCUAUGAAACAGAAAGGAAAUGAGGAAUUUUCCCAAGGAAAAUUUGAUCGCGCUAUAAUGUCAUAUACUAAAGCCAUAGAAUUUUGUCCUGCAAACCAUCUUCUGUAUGGAAACAGAGCUCUUUGUUUAAUUCUCACAAGGCAGUACAAGAGAGCUCUUGCUGAUGGAAAAAGAGCCACUAUUUUGAAGCCUAAUUGGCCAAAGGGUCACUACCAUUUCUGUAAGGCCCUGUCAUUACUGGGGGAACAUGAACUGGCUUUGGAAGCUAAUGAAAGAGCUCAAGAACUAUGCAAGAAUAUUCUUGAUGGACUUAAGGAUCUUAUUCAACAAAAUGACAAGUUAAAGAAGACAUUAGAAGAAAUCAAUGGUAUUAAACAACAUAAGCAGAAACCAAAGAAGUCACUUCUUGAGAAAAAAGACUGCAGUUCUUCAGAAGCUCAUUUAAUAAUCUCUCAAGAACAAAAAGAAAUAGAAACAGACACAAAGAGAACAGAGUCUGAUCCUAAAGACCAUCAUUGUCAUCAAAAACAUGAUACCAGGGUGACUGACAUCCAAAGGACAGAAAGCAAAGGCUGGUCUCUGGAGUUUCCACCAAGCCAAAGUCAUCCAAACAGAGGAAGACCAAAAACCAAACCUGGUGACUCUGAAAAGGCAAGAGAUCACCUUGAUCUGAAGAUAGAGUCUAAAGCCAUUCAAGAUAACCUCUUCUGUACUCUGCAACAGGUGGAUUUAACUAUGUUGCCAGAAGCAAUUAAAUCCCUUGUUUAUGACGGUUAUACAGCCUUGAUGGACCAGAGGUGUCACAGUGCUGAACAAGCCUUUUCACAAUUGCUGAGCAUUCUAAAUCCUUCAGAAUUAAAGCAACUGAAUCUUCGUAUUAUUAAUUAUGUUGUAAUCAUCUAUGGACAUGCCACUGCUCUUCUUGGAAUAGGACAGCCUGAGGCAUUGAAAAAGGCUGAAGACCAGUUUAAGAAAAUAAUUGAACAGUACCAGGAAGAAAGAUUUGGUUGUUUGGCUUACUAUGGAGUUGGAAAAGUAUACCUAAGACAAAACAGAUUUUCAGAUGCACUUGAUCAGUUCAUGAAAUCACAAACAAUGGUUAAUCACAAGAUUGUACCUGGAGUAUUAACUUGGCCCACAACAUCUCAAGUCAUUGAAGAGACACGAACAGAAAAUUUACAGUUAAUUUUAAAGAAUUAUAUUGAGGAAUGCAAGUUCCCUCCAGAACCAGAUGCAAUUUGUCGAUACCAGCAAUGCCAUGGCCACUCCAAAAUCCAAAUAUAUUUUACAGACCCAGACUUUAAGGGUUUUAUACGUAUUACUUGCUGUCAGCAAUGUAGAGUGGAGUUUCAUAUCAGCUGUUGGAAAAAGUUGAAAACAACAAACUACAGUGAUAAAAAUGAUAAGGAUUUUCUUCAAGAAUUGUGCUUCACCCCUGAUUGUACAGGCCUUAUUUCAAAAAUAGUUAUUUUCAGUUCUUCUGGUCUCGUAAAAUGCGAAUUUGAACAAAAAAUCACAAAAACCAAGGAACCACCAAGAGCCAGUAUUAAACAGAAAUGUUCAAGUCUUAGGAAGUUAAAAAUGAAACAAGAAAAAAAAUUACGAAGAAAAUGUGCACGAGAAGAGGCACGGAAUUCUGCUAAAAAGAAAGUAGAAGAAAACCAAACAGGAGAUGAACCGUCUCAACACAGUCAUCACAGUGGUUAUGUUCAGGAUUUAUAUGCUGGUGAUCGAGUCCUGCAGCAUAUCAGUCGAAACGCUGAGCAAAUAAAAACAGCUGUUCGCGAUGCUUCCAAACUAUUAAAGGAAUUACUUUCAUGGUUUGUAAUCAGUGAGGAGGAUUACACGUCAUAUUCCAAAACUAGCAGCAUGUCACAUGAAGUGAUGGAGCAGCUCAUCAGUUACUUAAUUCAGGAAAAAAACAGAGUAAAAACAAGGGGGUUUAUCCACGUGCUGAGUGAGCUGGAAGAAGUGGAUCCCAAAUUACACAAGUGGCUGAAACAUCUUAACAACCUGGGUCUGACAGCUACGAAGAACUUUCUCCUUCAAUAUGGACAAUUUUUAAAAGAGCUUGACCUUUCUAUUUUAACCACACUCUGGAAUGAGAAGUAUGGUAGUAAAUUUGACUAUGUGACAACUAGUUCUGAAGAAAAAGAAAUUCGUGAUUAUUUCUUAAAACCACCUCUAGAGAAAACCCGUUGUUUUAUAUGGCUGUUAGAAGACAACAGAGAAAAUUUUCCACUUCUUCAUCAAGCUUUAGAUGAUUUCUUUGAUAAAAUGGAUGACCCUACCAUUAUUAUAAAGAAGCAGGGAAAUGAAAAUAUAUCAACUAAUGGUAUCAAAGUUAAAAACAAAACCAGGAAGAAGAACUCAAAAGACUCAAGGUCUAUUUUAGUAUUAUCCAGUGGAGUUAGUACAGCGCCACGAGAAGAAGAUAAGAUAUUUAUAGAAGAAAAUACUUUAGAUUUUACAAAUUCUUAUGAACCAUUUGUAAUCCCAGAAUAUCUUCGGGGGCAGCUAGAGGAAUUUGAAACUCUCUGUGAUGUUUCAAAUGGUUAUCAAAGACAUUUGGAUAACAACCCAGAUCAAACCUGUGAGAGCUUAUAUGAAUAUUUCUCUCAAAUCUUGGAAGAACAUGGCCCUCUGGAAAUUAAUAAUAAAUUACUAGUUGGGGAAUAUGAACAUUUCCCUGAAGAAACUCGAAAGAUUGUAGAAGAUGAAGGUGGUCUGAAAUCUUUUCUUCUGAAAUCCUUUGAUUUCAUUGCGGUGGAUAAUCUUAUUGCCUUAAGAAAGCAUGCAGUUCUUAUUAAAGAAAAUACAAACAGAAAUGAGACUGGAGAUAAGGAGGAAGAAAACGGUAUAGCCUGUGAUGUGCAAGAAAAUUCUUCCCAAAACAAGCUACAGUUAAAUCCAGCUGCUAAGGAAUUCAAACCACUGUCUUAUCCUAAGCAACCCCAUAUAUCAGCACCUACUGACUUAACAGUAGUGAGUUAUGAGCCUCCACAAUAUUUGCCCUGGUCUUUUCUUACUUCAUGUAAAUCGGUGCAAUCUUUGCAUAGUCAGAGUAUUGAUACCAUAGAAAAUGCACCACCAUUUUCACACAUUUUACUAAAGUGCUUUGAUUCUAAAAAUCCUGGUAUAUUUUUGCCUCAGACUUCCUGGGGUUAUCGAUAUGAAAGAAUAUUGCCAGUGCCUUCUCAGAUGCCUCUCAUUUCAAACGUUGCCAAGCAACCUAGUUAUGUUGAUGAUGUAGCUCAUCGGGAUAAUGAUGAAUCAGCAAUUUCAGACAGAAAAUACACCUUCAGCAGUUUUAUACCAACUGAAAUACAAACGUAUGAAGACCCUCAGUGCCAACUGGAGAACUCGGAUAAUACAUUUUAUGAAGACAACUUCACUGUUGCAAAUAGUACAAAUGAAGCUGAAUGUGGUAUACAGGUUAUUAAGAUGGAAAAAGAAAGCAGAGGUGUACUGCCAGCGAAAAACAAUCCUCAUACAAGGAUGAUAGCUGUUCAGGUAAAUCAUGAAGUAGCUGAUAGGGAAACUAAUACCUUGCCUUUUCAUCCAUUUGAAAUGCAACAAGGAGAUAUUCUACGUAUGGAGAAAGAGCAUCAGGUAUUGAAAGAACAACUUAAAGAAGCCCAGGAAAAAUAUGAACAGUUGCAAAGCCGAAGCUCGGAGGAAAUCGGUGCUUUAAAAGAGCUCCUAAAAAAAAGUGUUGAAGAGACUGAGGUAUCGAAGAAUGAACUGGACUGGCUUCAUCAAGACUUAGAAAUAAAAGUGAAAAAAUGGCAACAGGAGAAAAAAGAAAAUCAAGAGAACUUAAAAGCACUAAGGAAUGCAGCUAAAAAGCAUACAGAUACCAAUGAUAGGUAUUCAAAGACCAUUGAGGAGAAGGAAAAGCAGUAUAACGUAUAUUUAAGUACAUCUCUCGAGACCAGUAAUAAACUUGCUAGUGAGAAAGUAAAAUUGGAAGAGCUUAUAAAAAAGAGUCAAGAUGACUGCCAAGAGUGUGUGAAAAGAGCUGUUAAAGCAGAGAUAUCAGUACUCAAAAACUGGAAGGAAAUUGGAGUAUGCAAGCUAAAUGGCAGAGUUGCCAAUGCAGAAGCAAAUCUCAAGGUGCUGAAGUUAUGGAGCAGCAGCUCAGCUUCAGCGGCACCUAAGUUGAAGUCACAGAUUGAUUCUUGGGAAAUAUUUAUUUCAAAUGUAAAGAAACAACUGGAAAAAGUAGAGGCUGAGUAUGAAGAAAAAAUCCAGAUGGUGAAAAACGGUGUCCAGAACUGCCUCACUAAAAUGGAAACGGUGGAGCUUUCUUCUCCUCCCAGCGUCUUAAUGAAACAAGGCAGACCUCCAGUCAGUGACCCAGCCAUCAUCACGUACUCCCCCGCAUCUGCACAGCCUAACUUACUUCCGGCAUUUUCAAGUUCAGAAGAUCAAGGUCCAAUACGUGCUUCAUUUAGUACUCAGGCCGCAGUUAAGCCAGUGUAUGCAAAUGCACAGGCUUGUUCUGCAAGUGGCGGGUCAGUGAAAAUGCACUCCAAACCUCUGGAAGGAUCCUAUUCCGAUAAAGUUUCAGCAACGUGUCCAUCGGGAACGUCAGGAAGCAAUGCUCAGAAUGUCCAGCCACACCAGAACCACCAAGAUGACUCAGCUACGCAACCGAGGCCUUCUGGCCUUCCAAACAACAAAAUGCUUCCAAAAGCAUUUGAAAAUAUUAUUGCGCACCUACAGAGUAUAUUCCCAGACUACAGCAGUUCAGAGUUUACUAGCUUCAUAAAAGAUGUACAAAGAAGAAAUGGGAAUACAUUGUUGGGUUUGAGCCUGGAUGAAAUUCUAAGCAGAGUGACAGAACUCAUUCUGGACCAGCAAAAUAAGGCACCAGCUUCAGCGGGGAGACCUGUGAGGUCAGUGCCCUCUGCUGCGCCAGCACAGACUGGAACUCGGAGUCGGGAAGAACCUGCAGAAGAAAAUAUCCCCAGCCCAGCCAAGGCAAGAGCCGCGCAUAAAAACGCCUCAAGUAAAAAUCCAUCUCAGCCAAAUCUCCAGCCCUGGGGAAAUGUUGGAGCAACGCCUAAAUCUAAAUGGAAAAAACUAGACUAUACAGCCUCCAGUGAUGAUCCUUGCACCAUAUGUCAUGAUGAGCUAAGCAGAGACUCAUGUGAACUAGAAUGUGGGCAUCAUUUUCACAGAGAAUGCAUCAGAACAUGGCUUAAGCAACACUCCAGUACCUGCCCCAUCUGCCGCGUGCACGCUCUGUUACCAGAAGACUUUCCUGAGCUUCCUGCACGGAACAAAUACACCUAAACCUUGUUUUAUUUAAGCAUGUUGUAAUAAGCUGCAAAGUGGCUGCAGAAUAACCACUGUGAUAAGGAACAGAAACGUGAUGCCUAGAAAGAGACAGAACCCUGGUUUUAUUGGAAAUGGUAGUAGAACUCGGACUAAUUCAGUAUUUAAUGCUUCACAUUAAGCUGUAAGAUGCUGGUACUGCCACGGCCCCUGCAGAAUCAAGUUAGCGUGCUCCAAGAUCCAGCACUUUCCUGGUUGCUGCCUAAAUGUGCAAAGCCGAUGUAGUUCAGAAGCCAGAGCACACAAAACUGGUAGGGUUUUUUGGCCAAGGGAUGUUUAAACUAUGGUGUAUCUACUUCUCCUAAAGGCUGGUGCAUAAUUCCUGUAAAGAGGGGGCUUUCCUCCAGGGCUUACACCACACUGAAAUUCCAGCAUCAAACGAGCAGGGGGCCUGAAUGACAGACUAGCAGAAUGCGGAACAGCCCAGACCUUACCUUCCUCUGGCACAAACAAUCCCAAUUUAACUGGAGGAUUUCAAAUCAGGCUUGUUGUGAUCAUUAUGAACACAGUUCAUAUAAUUGCAGCUCCUUUCUCUGCAUAAAUCCAUAGCUAAUAAUUCAAAUUGUUUAAAUAAUGACUUUUAGUAAUAUUUUGAAGCAAGAAAUUUUUAAGCCUUCCUGUACUUCUUUCUGUUUGUGUAUCACUGAGUUGGAAUGCUGUAGCUCAAUUCCUUAAUCUCAAAUUACGCUUUGAAUUUCCUUCAUUGCUGAGGAGCUGUUUUACUUAAAUCAGAAACUUGUCUCAAAUAGCCAAAAGCCCAGGACUACAGCACGUACAGCUUAACCACUCUGAAAAUAGCGUGACUGCUGUUUGGGUACAAGCAGCAUUAAAUCAAUUAUAUGAGAUUAAGUUAGCUAACUCUAGGGAUCAGUUGUUCCCCCCAAAUGAGUAUGUAUCCUCCAGAGGAAGUUUUCAACUAUUCUGUGAUUAAUCAAUACAUUAAUUGGUACUCAGAUCAAAAAUAAAAGUUACUACCGCAGCUGAUGUGGGUUUUCUGUGUGAUAUUGUUGCUAAGUCUCAGUUACUGGUGAGUAAUCCACUCUAGGUCAGAGAGCGAAGGCACCUUGCUGCCUGAAGAAUGAAGUACUGCGCUGCCCCGCACUGCAGCACUUGCAGCCUUUCCGGCUCCCGUUAUGCCUUGGGCUGGGGGACGCAUACAUAGAGAGCAUUGUCUUAGCUUCUCACCAGCAGUCCCACGCCUGCCCUGCUGGGCCGCGCUCCCCAAGCAGAGCAGAGGGUGCCCUGAGGCAGGCGGGGUAAGCUAAGCCGGCUGUGGGAGCAGCGCUGCGGUUACACCCGCUUGCUUGGUGUCGGCCAAUCUUGGUUCUCCUACACCCACAGCACAGCCACGACCCCACGUCCCCAAAUAAGCGGGAUGGGUUUUGGUCUGUGUUCUUUUCUCUGAGUCCCACAAGCUGGAAGGAUUUCAGUGCUUUCCAGAGGCGGUUUGGUCACACCUUUGAGAAGGAAGCCCUGGCGCCCCGCUGCUGCCUGGGGGAGGGCAGGGGCGCAGGCCGUACUCCCACCCUAAGGGAGCUGAUCUGCUCGGGCUGUUGGGGCCGGCGGUGGGAUGAAGGCCAGGCCGCCUCGCCAAAGAACCGCGGGAGGCAAUAGUGCCGCUUUGAGCAGCAGGCGGCACUCUUUCAACAACAGCAUGUAGACUACAAACAGCAGCAUUCGUUUUCCAGAAGUCAUCCCGUACCAUUUCCCGAUUGUAGAGAAGUGUUAAGUAAGUUCUAAUAAACAGCUCCUUUUUUCCCCCUACAAGACCACUGUAAGACACUGAAAUUCUCAUUUCAGAUGUUUAUUCCUCACAUGCAAAUGAUCUAGAAGCAGGACCAAACCUAGAAUUGCAUUUCCUGCUUGGCAAUGCCACGGGAUAAAGCUAAAGGAAAUUAUUUGGGGCAGUUUUCUUAAUUCUGUCUUAAUUAGUUUUCUUAAUUCUGUCUUUUCAGGUUGUCUCUUUACACUUAGGUUUUAUGUACUUAGCCUACCUCCACCCCCCCAUAACAGUGUAUGGAAAACCCACAGUUAGAAUAAAUUGUGGCUGUUCUGUUAACACCAGAAUCUACAACCUGUUUGUGUCGGGAAGGUUAUCUCUUGCUGAAAUAGCUUUCCUGUAUCGUUCCCUUAAGAUGUAUCAUUACAGACACUUUCAUGUAUUUACCUUAACUUACUCCUUUCCUGGCACUUACAUUCGUACUUUAAGUUGAACAACUGAUGGUAUUAACCCACCUGAUUAAAAAGAGCGGCCGUCUCCCUUGGAACGGUUAUUUGUAUAAUGACAAGUCACAUCCUAAAGGCACGAGAUGCCACAGUGUAGAAGGUUUUAAUGCCAUUCUUCCACCCUCAGCAUAGGCUGGUCUGCAACAAUUCAGUGGUGCCAUUUGUCGCACAACAGACAUUUGGUCUCCAUCAAAAAACUGAGCUGUACAAGUCUUAUAAAAGGGAAGGUGGUGUAAUGCAAAGAGUAAGUAUAUUCUCAAACUAAAAACUUUUGACUGAUCUUCAGUGCUGUUUUACACACAUCGCAAAGAUAAAGGGCGUUAUUUUUCUAGGGGAGACCCCCACGCACAACUUCAGUUCUAAGCAUUCCUCCCA